CAAUCUUUCAAAAAUCGAUAGCGAAGGUAGUGACUAAGUCUCAUUGGUAAAUAUACUAACUUAAAACGUCUAUCCCCUAAGAAGAUCUCCCCAUAAUACUCUCUGCUUUUCGUUUAGUUAAAACAUUUCACGAUAAAACAUGUCACACUGCAGAGUGGUGACAACACUCUGCUUAUUAAUUAUUGCAAUUAGUAAUGUUUGUAAUGGUUUGAUGUUGGAUAGACUUCCCAGACAUAUUCCACUCUCCAAAGAUGGUUUUAAUGAAGAUGGAGUAGAAGACGAUGACUUGGUAGAUACAUAUGAUACCUCCAUUGAAAAGAAGAAGUUAUUGCCAGAGCCAGAACAAAUAGCCCCCUAUUUAAUGAAACCCACAUGGAAAGCAAUAUACCCCUUUACUCAAGAAAAGAAAAUGUUUCGCAAACGUGCCGCAUCUGAACACAGUGGUGAUGUUAAGACAUCGGAAAAAGAUAAAGAGGAACUGGCAAACAUUCUUAAGGAUGACGACGAGGACGAUUCUAAGGAGGAGAAGAAAAAGAAGAGCGUCAAGAAGAACAGCACCUCGAGACACCUCAAGAAGAAGAGACAAUCAGAAGAUGAGCCUGAUUCCAAACAAACAGACGAUGAGGAACAAGAACAGGAAGAACCUAAGAAGACAGAGAAUUUCCAGGAAUGGCUUCGAAAAGAAUACUACAGAAACAUGGCCAAGUCUUUUGCAACUAUGCGACGCAAGCGAGAUGGAUCAGGUGGCUAUCCAAUGGCAUUGCCUGUUCGACGACAAAAGAAAAGUAUCCAACCUUCUACCAGCAUUAAUGAUAUCACCGACAACCUUCGCAAUAUUGAGGAUCAGCUUUUUCAGGAUGCCCUUCAAGUGAUGAGGGAUUCUGGGGAUGAGUACGAGGAUGAUGUCCAGCGCCAGAAUCGCAUCAGUAAUGAUCUUAAUCUCGCUUAUGAUUUAGAAACGAUGAGAAAUGCUUUCUUUCGGCUAAGGGACACUUUAAGCAACAUGGAAAAUGAAGAGGUUGGAGAGGAAGAGGAUAUGUAUCAUAUGACUAGAAAGAGAAGUGGUGAAUGCCCACCAUUGGAUCAGCUAACUAGCGACUGUUCAGCACUCAGUGAUAUAAUGCCUGAAGGUCCUUUAAAACGUCUUCUUCGUCGAGCAUGCAAUUGGCAUGAAGUGUGCUACACAUGUGGCAAGGCCUACGGGUUGACAUCAGAAAGCUGUGACGGUAGUUUCAUUGAACAGACACAAACCAUCUGUCGAGGAGAUGCACCAUGUGAAAGUACGGCCAGCUUGUUGGUGGUACCUCUGAGGCAGAGGCGAGUAUUUUACAAGCGCAGCAAUCCAGAAAUCUGCGUUGAAGAACCAUGCGUAGAAGCAUACUUGAAAGAAGGUCUUGCUGCCAUGGAGCAAGGACUUUAUUCCAUUCGAAACAACCUCAACACCAUCAGGCAUGCUUGAGCAUGAAAGCCGAUGAAGAUUUAUUUCAUUUUUUAUUUGUUUUCAUCGAUGUAGUUUCGCGGUGACAAAAAGGGUAUAUUUUUUUUCUUUCUUCUGUUCAUCGAUUGAUGUUUGGGUGGGAGACGUGUGUCGCCGCGUUGGCCAUGUUACGAGUCAAUUUCAGUUCUUGGUGAACAUGUUUACCUUGUCUUUCAAAUCUCGGCUUUGGUGUAACGUACAUUCGUUAUUUUAUUUCGUGUGAUAGAGCUUUCUUAGAUACGCUUCUCAGACAAGAUAGUGAGAUGACUAGCUUUUUCUUAGAAGCGUUAUUUGGGAGAGUAAUAAUGACAUGUUAAAUGUUCAUGUAUUGUUCCAUAAGUUUAAUCAAUGUUGUAUUUAUCAAUAAACAUUUUGAAACAUUUA